AUAUAAAAGCGAAGGUCGGAAAGGUUGACAGCUGAUAGGAACAAAAAUAGAAAUUGUUUGUUUACUGUUAUUGUUUUAAGAAAAAUAACAGUACUUUAGGCACACUCAGCAACAUUUUGUUGCUCUGAGCGGUGUUAUAAACCCUGGAGUUCAUGUUGUAUCUUCUUCGGUAGAAAAUAACUAUUUAAAGUUCAAAAAUAGUUUAUUCGCAAGCUGACAUAAACUAAUUGGUUGAGUACUGGAAGUAAAAGUAGGCCUAAUUUAUUUAACUGUAUAUUGAUAGGUAGGCCUAACAAUAACACUGUUACUGUUAGUAACAGUAAAAUUAGUAUCGCACUUCUGUAUUUAUUACCUUGGAUUUAGUUUUAUAACUACUGGUCUCGAGAAUUAUUCACAUCAUUAUCAGCCUAACUUUGUUAGAUUAAAUUUGAAAUUAAAAAAAGAGAGAAAAGGCUACUCUAGAGGUAGCAAAAGCCAAGGAAAAAAUUUAAAAUAAACAAAUUAUUCAUAUCACGAUAGUUUACUUUGUGUUUGACAGUUUUUCAAAAAUUCAGAUUUUUCAUAGACUGAAAUUUAAUUUUAGUGUAAGUUGUAACAAAAAAUAAGUUGAAUUUAGGGUGUAUAUUAAGUGACAAAUACUCAAAACUAAUUAUAAAAGCACAAGUAAUAUCAAUGAAAACUUCAAUAGCCAGUAAAGCAAAUCACGUUAUGUGCACUGGCAUUGCUCUAACAAAAGAAUUAAGCUUGUUGUGUAGGAGUUCGUCACCUUUAUCAAGAAGAAACCUUCGAAGAAACAGAAGAAUACUAAAACACCCAAAAAGCAUUUUGAAGAACUUUAUUUAAUAUGCUGAAUUGCCAAGCUAGAUUCGCACAAAAUACAUUGGGGUAUGCAGUGAAAUUAAAAAUUAUUCAAAAUUGAUCAGUUUAUAAUAUUUCGUAAUAAUUGCAGAGUUUUAUAAUAAUUUGUGUACAAAAUUAGCACAACUUACAUCUCUGACAUUUCUGGAGAGUUGAAUUCCAAAGUGUUGUUGUAUCAAUAUGAAGCUUCUUGAAAGUAGCAGGCUGGAAGCUCUAAACUCAGCAUUGUGUUUUGAAACUGGGGACUGCAAAAUAAUAGGGAGGAUUGAGAGUUACUCCUGUAAAAUGGCAGGAGGAGACAAACGACUGUUUAAAAGCAUGAAUGCUGAUCCAGGUACCAGUCCUCAUGACUUGCAAGCUCUUUCUCCUCCUCAAAGCGUGUUUACUACUCACAGUCCCAGUAGGGUGUACAAUGAUGAUGGAGAGGGAUCAGGCCAUUUAUGUGACACUAUCAGUCGCAAGACAUUGUUUUAUCUGAUUGCCACCUUGAACGCUUCCUUCCACCCAGACUAUGAUUUCAGUCAGGCCAAAAGUGAUGAAUUUAGUAAGGAGCCAAGUUCCAAUUGGGUGAUGUCUGCCAUUGAUAACAGUUUGUGGACUGUGGCUAACCAGGCAUAUAGUGCUUUACGUCCCCAACUUUGGACUGCUGUUGAUCAUGAGAUAUGUCUUUCUGAGUGUGAUAUCUACAGCUACAACCCGGACUUAGAGUCAGACCCGUAUGGUGAAGAUGGCUGUUUGUGGUCAUUUAAUUACUUUUUUUAUAACAAAAGAUUGAAAAGGAUUGUGUUCUUUACAUGCAGAGCUGUGAGUUUGAACAGCAUGGAAUACUGCAGUGCAGAUAGUGGACUUGCACAGAACUUCAGUUUGGAAUUAGAGGAGGAGAAUAUUGAACCAGGAAAUGUCACUGAAAUGAAGGAAUCACACUGAUUUUUGUAAUAGUGCCAGAAGAUUACCAACUGAUAUCAUAAAGAUUGACAUCAACACACAAAGUAGUUUGGACACAUCUCAAAGCAAGAUGAAGCUAAUGUCUAAAAAUGAUGUAGAAUAUAACUGAUUUCUGUAUAUGAAAGGAUGGAAUUAAUAAAAAUACUGUCCUUUCUGUUUUUAAGCUAGAUUAUUUGUUUAAGACUAUGUUUUAUUCUUUUCAGAGAUAUGGUUAUCAUUAACAUGAAUUUAGUUUUUCAGUUUUAAGUGCCUGAUAUUUUAACUUGUAUAUUUGGACCAUAUGUUUUAUGAAGUUAACAAUGUGUCAAAUCUUUUCUGUUUGUUAAAAUUUUGUUUUAGAAUUUUAACAAUCAUGCAUUAUUCAUUGAUACAAAUUAAUACAUUUAUAGUGUGUCUUUAAUAUUUCAGUUUAAACAUUUUUUUUUCAUAUAAAAAAAAUAUUACUUUUCCUACUCCUACAAUUCUUUAUGGUUCAAAAGCCACAAUAACACUGUUUCAAGUGUAUGUUUUUAGGUAACUUUUCAGAAUUAAAAGUAAACAUACUAUAGCUAACUACAAAAUUACUGCACUUGGUACAUACAAGUUUAAAUUUAUUUAAGUAAUUGCUGGAUAAAAUACAAUAGUAAAUAAAAAAGCUACAAAGAUGGAAGAAUUUUAAAAAUGAAAAACACUUUUAAUUUCAAAUAUGACAUUUUGGGCCUAAGCCCUUCAUCAGGAUGUAAAUUACAAAGACAUCUGUAGACCACCAAUAUCUGUACAUUUUGUGUCCCAAUAAAGGGCUUUGGCCCAAAACAUUAUUUGAUAUGAUACAAAAUUAAAGUUUUAUGUUAGAAAACCAUGUAUUUCUUCAACCACGUACAUAUGACUGUAUUUGAGAAUAUGUUUUUUGUUAUAUAAAUGUUUUGGUUAUAAUGUGUGGUAAUACACAUGUACUUAUCUCAUUUAAACAACGACAAAAAAAAAGGCAUUGUUGGUUAACCUUUUAUAUUACUAUUCAUGCCUAGUAUCUGUAAAUAUGUGAGUAACGUUUGUCAGUGUUUCAGUUUUGAGUUGCCUUUCAGCGAGUUAUGAUGUUUUUGUUUUGUUUUUCACUUAAUAUAAAGGUUUAGAUAUUUGAGCUCUCCAACUUUGUACAUGUUUAUGGUUUGGAUCUAAAAUUUAAGAAGGAAGAUACACAAGUAACUUGUGAUCCCUUUAAGAAGAAACUUACAAUGAACCAUAGCUGUGGUGACAGUAUUUUAUUUUAUAUUCUUUCAGCCGAAAGGUUAAUUUUGAAAUCAUUAAGAGGGAUACUUUUCAUCCUACAUAUUGGUAAGUCUCUUUCAAAGUUGUAUUCAGUUAGUCAUGGAAUAGAUAACCCUGUUUCUUUGCACUAGUGUAAUAAGAUUAUCCAUUCCUUCAAGGACAAUAAAUAAUUUUAAGCCAUCUUAUUCCUCUAUAGUGAUAAGUGUAGUGGAGUUAUUUCUGUACAACUGUAAGAAAUACAUCAAACCUUGAGUUAAAAUAAUUUUUAUGUACAUUAGUGAUGGAUGUGAUACAGGAUUAUCCAUCAUCUUGAUGUCAGGAUAUUUAGAUAUCAAGGAUGUAGUAAUAUGCAUUCUUCUCCUGAAUGGGUUCUUUAAUAUCAACAUCACAUUUGUUUGGUGAAAUCCACUUCUGUUGGUUUGACAGAGCAGAGAUACUAAGUCAUUAUAUAUAAGUUUUUGUUGCAAGGUGUAUGUCAUUUCUGACAUCCAAAUAGUUGUAACUUUUUUUGCUUCUAUGUAGUAUUUGUGAUAUGCAUAGGGAAGGUUGAUUGUAUGUCGAGUUGUGCAUUUUAGAUACACUCUGACUGGGCAUUAGACAGAGUAUGAAUUUUAUCAAAAAGUGAAAAAGAACAAGUUUUUUUCUUUCAUUGUUUAAGAGCUAGUUAAGAUUUAAUAAACUUUGAGUUAGCCUUCAUAAUGAUCUUAUUUUCUUUCAUUUGGUUUAGAACUAAUGUAUAUUAAGAGUUGGAUGCUUUUCAUUGACUUUGAAGAAUAUAGGUGUGUGUACUUUAAUUGCUAAUUUGAGCUAAAACCUAUGUUUCUUCUAAAUUUUAUAUUACUACUAACAGUUCUAAAAUCCUUUUCAAGUGUUUGGUGGUAUACACGUUCAGUUAUUUUUUUAUGUAGGAUGUUUUAGUGUUGAAUAUUCUGAAGGAUCCCCUGAUUAUCUUACCAGUAGCACUUAGCAUUCAUGGGAACAACUAUUGUUUAUGAUUUAAAAAAAAACACAUAGAAACUGGCUUUAAAAUAACCAUGAUGUUAAACUUUUGUGCACAGAGCUGCUGAAGCUUGUUGACCCUAUCUUACCAAUUGUCUAUAGGGUUGGUCCAAUGGACUAACCCCGUACUGAAGAAGGAAUGUUGACUGUAAUUCCAAACUUACUUCAUGUAUCUAUAUGAAAUGUGGAAAUCUUUUAGUAAAAUGUACAAACCUCUUUGUUUAGAAAAAAUCUGUGUCAAGAAAGCAUUUGUAGUUAAGAUAUAUCUGUGAACUGAUGAUGCCGUUCUGACUCAAACUGUUACAGAUAAGAGGGUGAGGUGAUGUUCAUGUGAAUAAUAAAAAUACUUUUGUCCAUUGUA